AUGGCAGACAACCCGCACUCCCGUGAAGGGUCCGACCCCUCCCUCAACAAUGAAUCGGCCAUUGUUUCUCCCCGCUCCAGCAUCGAUUCCCGCUCUCCCUCCACACGAAGCCAGCUCCGCGUUUCGCACAUGCCGCCAGCAAAUCACCAGCACAGACAAAGCCUGAGCGAGGCCCUUCGUGGCCCGCCCGGUUCUCCGCGCGCGCGCCGCCAACCAUCCCUCCCACAAUCCGCUCUCCAGAGUCUCAUUGACAAUCCUCCGCCACCAAAGCCCAGCGACCCGGCCUUUGUUGGUCGUGAUUGGCGCGAGAUAUCGAUCGGCGAACUGGUGACUCCAGGCGAUUUAAAAUUUGUGGAACUCGAUACGGGCAUUGAAGAAGCUACAAAUAUUCUCAUUGAUUCUGGCGCAGCCGUGCUGUUGAUUCGCGAGACUCCUGACUCCACUUCUGCCAUCGGCACGUUUGACUACGCAGACCUUAAUUCCUAUCUUCUGCUGGCAGCGGGCUUAACUACUCCGGACGAAGCCCAUCGAGCGUCGUACGAAGAGCUGGCCAAGAAAGCUCAUGCUGGCGUACCGAUUCCACUGCGCGAUGUCAAGAAGUUUGGCAGGGAGAAGGAACCGUUGAUUAAGCUUCCCACUUCGGCUAAUGUUUUAAAAGCCGUUGAGAUAUUUGGUGGAGGUGUUCACCGGGUUGUGGUGGUCAAUGAGUCGAACGAUCAAGAAGUGGUUGGCAUCUUCAGUCAAUUCCGAUUGGUAAAAUUCCUCUGGGAGAAUGGCCGCAGCUUCCCGGUCAUUGAAGAGCUGUAUCCGAAAGCCUUGCGUGAGCUGGCGAUCGGGUCUCAUGAAGUGAUCUCGAUCCACGGCGAUCAACCCCUCUCUGAUGCCCUUCAUGCGAUGAACAACGAGGGCGUAUCGUCGAUCGUCGUCGUUGAUAACCAUCUAAAUGUGCUUGGCAAUAUUUCCACAGCAGAUGUCAAGCUCUUGACUCGAUCCUCUUCACUGCCGCUUCUUCAAAACACCUGCACUCACUUCAUUUCGGUGAUUCUGUCCACCCGGGGGUUGAUCGAGGGUAAAGACUCGUUCCCAGUCUUCCACGUGAAUCCUGGAUCGACACUGGCUCAUACAGUUGCAAAGAUUGUGGCAACCCGAUCACAUCGACUCUGGGUGACCGAUCCCCAAUCUCCCGCUUCAUCAGGACCGCCGACCCCAUCACAUUCCUCCGCACAUAUUCCUACUACCGGUAGCAUCAGCGCAACUACUGCCGGAUCGCAUACUGCAAACUCUCCACCCCCGUCCCCUCUCACCACACCAGUGGCACCACUAGCACAACCUUCCCAAUCCGGCGCUCCUCACCUACCAAGCCCCAAUUUACCCUACUCAUACCCACCCCCAGGCGUGCCGGUGCCAGUGCCAUCGUCCAUCUCUCAAUCUCUCCCUUCAUCGGGCCUAGACGGAGCGCGGCUCUCCGGACGCUUAGUCGGAGUAGUCAGCCUGACUGACAUUUUAAACCUACAUGCCCGUGCCAGCGGGCUGAACCCGGCCGACCCCGCCGAGUUCCGUAGCCGUCGCCGACGCAGCAGUUCGUCGAGCCAGAGUAUCCGUCGCAGCGGUGAGAUUGGUCGGGAGCUUUUCAGCCGUGGCUUGUAA